AUGGGUAUAACCAGUCUCUGGGCCGCCAGCCUCGCAUUAGCCAGCUUAGCAACGGGUCAAAAUGCCAGCCUGACUCAAGAUAACACAAUUUCCACAGAGGGACUCAUUUCGAACAACUCCAGGUUCGAUACAAUCCUGCGCGUGGACAACGGAACUUACGGCCCUAUGGUCGAAGAAGUCCACUAUUUCUACAAAUAUUGGCCCAUUGGCAUCGCAGUAUCCAGCACCUCGAGAGUUUUUGUUUGCUACACACGUGGGGAUUACGACUAUACCGUUGCCGAAGUCAACAGCACGACCUCGGAGACGCCUUUCCCAACUGCCGGGUUGAAUUUGCCUGCUAAUGCACUCAAUACGACUUUCAAUGGGAUCGAGUUCGGAAGUGCGAACUCGACCGGCUUAAUCAGUGUGCAAGCGCUCUAUAUCACUCCUGCGACUUCUUCAGGGCAACCUGAAACACUAUGGCUGUUGGACACGGGUCGGCCGACUAUCCGGUCCUCUUCCGGGAGCUACACCAUGCCCUAUGCGCAGCCAGGAGGGCCAAAGGUCGUGGGCGUCAAUUUAUCCAACAAUACCGUCUACGCGACCUACACGUUUCCGUCCGCUGUGCACUAUCCUGACUCGUACAUGAACGAUAUCCGCUUCGAUCUCCGCCCCAGCCACAACGUCGCAUACAUCGUGGAUUCUAGCAAUGAAGGCCGUAAUGGGUUCAUCAUGCUGAAUCUUACAGACGGCUCAUCCUGGAGGAGAUUGACGCAACAUCCGUCGGUGCUGCGGACGUACAAUGCAUUGCCAAGCUAUCAGGGCCAUCCAUUCUACUACCGUAACCCGGGAAUGAGCGUCUCGCAUCAGCAAGAGGGGCUUGAUGGUAUCCAGAUCUCCCCAGAUGGUGACUAUAUCUACUACUCGCCACUGACGUCGCAGAACCUUUUCCGCAUUCCGACUGCUAAUUUGCUGUUACAAGACGGCCAAAGUCCACUCGCCGAGCAAGCGGCCUCCAACAACGUCUCAUGGCUCGGUGAGCGGGGAGGCGAGGCCAACGGUUUCGAGGGCGAUAGUCGCGGUCUGAUCUAUAUGCUCAUGCCCACCCACAACGCCAUUUAUUACUAUGACCCUGCGGACCUGCAGGUCCAUGGAUUUAUAAGAGAUCCCAGGAUCCUCUGGCCCGACAGCGCGAGCGUCGCCGAAGACGGAUACUUCUACGUUAUCGUCAAUCAGUUGCCGUAUCAGGAUGAGUGGAACAAUGGAGUCAACCUACGGCAGCUCCCGGGGGCGAUAUUGAGAGCCAAGUUGUUGGACAAUGCCACGAAGAUUACCUCGUUGGGAUAG